CCAUAAGCGCGCAUGCGCCUUUCUCGUUAUCGCAGCAAAUUGUUGCCAGCAACUAGUUUGUCAAUUUUCCACCGACACUGAUCCUGAAUGAUCCGCAUUUGAUGAUUUGAUUGAUCGAUGAUGAUUGAAACUGACAAAAUGUUACAACUAAGGAGAUAUGUGACGCUUCUCAGAGCCGGUGCAAAGUCGCGCGUUGUCCGUUCGCACCUGCAUUCGUCGUCGCACAAAAUGCCGAAUGUCGCGAUACAUGAAGGUUAUAUUUCUCGUUACGUGCAUCACGGUCUACCUCGAUUACAGACACAUUUGCGACCCUGUGAGAAUUACGCCGCGACGUGCAUUAGGACAUUCGGCACGACGGUUCCGCAAUCGUCAGUCGAUGACAUCGAUCAUAAAUUGAUGUCAUUGUGCGACGACGUUAAAAAAGGUCGGGUGUCGGCGGACAGUUUGAAGGAGGUUAUUAAACUAUGCGACGAGACCGGCUAUCAGCUGCCUCACGAUACCGGUCUGCUGUUACUCAAGUGUUGCGGCAAUCUUUUAUCCGAUGUGGAGACGACCGAGAGGCAAUAUCUAGCGGAUCAGGUAUGGCGUCUUGCGAAGAAAAACAGCGAAGGACUGACGUUGGAGUAUUAUAAUACUCUGCUGGACGUUCAUAUGGAGAAUUCGAUUUCUGUGGAUCCUAAGGAAUUUCUAGCCAAUAUAAGCGUGGAACCGGACAGAAACACAUAUCAUUUGCUGCUGAAUGCAGUCGCAAAGAUGGGUAACAGUAAUCAUCUGCGGGAUAUCAUAUCUGUGAUAAAGGAGAAGAACAUCAUUAUCGAGGAAGAUAAAUUCAACACUUUGGUGCAGAUUUAUGCGAGCAAUGGCAAUAUCGCUCAGGCAGAAUACGUGAUAACACUCAUGCAAGAUGCGAAACUAUCUAUGGACAAAGCAUACACAGAGCUGGCAUGUGGAUAUGCAAAACUCGGUGACAUUCCGAAUCUGGUUAAAAUAUUGAACGACGAACCGCAAAGCGAUACAAAUCUUCUGAGAUUGAUAAAGAUUUUGAGUAUGUCCAAUAAUGGUAGACACAUCCCUGUUGUCCUGAACUUUCUGACGGCUUCUAUACCAGCUAUCAAAUCGCAGAUCUGCAAGACGAUAACAGAACUGACACGCGCUGAUCGAACCACGGAUGCUCAUACAAUUAUAAAUUGUUUUGCUAUGAAUGAUACGACGAAGGAUGUUGCGAAAAGCUUUGUAAAUAGCUUUUUGAACGAAUUAGUUAUGUUAAAUGCAUCAGUGGAAGAUAUUACGAGAUAUGCGACCGAUUUCGUGGAUUCCGGUUGCGAACCUCUGGCAUUGACCAAUGUAGCGGAAUCCGGCUUGAAACUUGGCAGAGAAAAUAUGUGCCUCGCAAUAUUCAGUGCGAUGAGAGAAAAGAAUAUAGAGGUACGAUCGCAUUAUUAUUGGCCUUUACUAGCAAUAGCGCAUUACAAUCAGGGGGAGGCUAAGAUAUUCUCACUCGUAAAAUCGAUGAUAGACACAGGAGUGGGGUUGGACUCCGAUACACUGCUGAAUUAUGUAUAUCCGUAUGUAAACACCGCAAAUCCGUCUAUUACUCUGCAAAAACUAUUGAUUAACGGCGUACCCGGCUGUAUCGCGUAUACGCCCCUCAUAUCCUUUCUGCUAUCUCAGAAUCGGAUGCAAGACAUAAAAUCAUUGUGCACAUACAGUAGGCAAUAUAGAAUACAUUACAAAGAACUGAUGAAACCUUUAGUGCGUGCUUACAUAGCCACGAAGGAUGUCGAGAACUGUGUAUUUUUACUAACGAUAUUUCCGCGCAGUCAAAAUUUCGUCGCUUUAUUUUUGAAAAUGUUAUUAAACGAUAGACGUUUGACAUUUGCCAUGGAGAAUUUGCAAGUUUUCUUGGAAGAAUUUAAGAAACACAGAAUUAGAAUAUCGCAACGAGAUGCGACUAUUCUCAAGAACAGUCUGUCGGACAAAAAUGUCGAAGUUAUGGAAAAUGUAAACUUGUUGAAGCUAAUAGAUAAUCUAGUGGACGUUGAUUUCAAAGAAUCAGCGCUCGCGUUCAUAAGCCAUCCGAUGCAUAUGAAUACUAACGAACUAGCUUGUCAUUUGGUCGAGAUGAAGAGCAAAAAUUUUACAACCAGAAACAUCCUGCGCCGAUUGCUGGAGGCAUAUUGUAUCGAAAACAAUUUGAUGAAAGCCGAGGAAAUAAAACGAGAGUUUGACGGGUGCCAAUACGAGUGGACAGCCGGCAUGAAGAUGUAUUUGUUCGAGCUAUACAUCAGAUGUAACAAACUGAAGGAGGCCGAGAUACUGCUAUCCAAUCUGCAGAUCAAGUCUGACAAUUUCAAGAUAGAUAACAGCAAAAUUGUAAUGUUUGCCAUUGCGUUGGUGAAAGCGGAUAAACCAGAGAAAGCCUUUCAAAUUAUCAGUAACAUCAAUAAUGUUAAUUUGAGAACAAACGCGGAGAAACAUUGUAACAUACUUUUGCAAACGUUGGCGCAGAGUCAGCAUCACUCUUACACAAAAAAAAUGUUGGAUCUGCUUCUCAAGAAAGGAUACUGCAAUAUAACUACCGAGCUAUUGAGGCCGCUGGUGACGAUACCGUUAGAACACAAUGACAUCCAGGGCACUCUAGAUAUGUUUUUUGCAUGCGCUGAAAAGUACAAAAAAGCCCCGUUGGCAUUGGAAGUGUUGACGGUAUUGUUGCAGCAGAAAGACAGUUCGAAAUUGGAUAACGUAGAAACGUACAUAGAAAAGGUGUACAAUAUAAUGGUUUGUUUCUAUGGUAUAGACACUGCAAGCACAUUGUUAGUGUUAGCGCUGGCAACAUUGGACAAGACGCAGGAACUGCAAACUGUAUUGCAGAAGCAAAGGAUGUCCAUGAACUGUCUUUUGCACUAUUUCAAUUAUGCACGAAGGAACAAUAGUGUAGAUAACUUAUUGAAACUCUUCAAAGCGGUUCCAGAUUCGAACAAUUUUGAUCUAGCUUUAUUAAGCGACAUGCUCCUUUCUAUUUACAAUAAAACGGGAGAUUGCAAUAACGCAAUAGAGCUUUGGAAGCUAAUGUGUGCGAAGAAUAUUAAGCCCAGUCAACAAUUCAAGAAUAAUUUUAUUCAGUUUCUGCAAGCAAAUAAAGCUCCACUUCCUCCAGAGUUUGAACAGGAUAAGAAUAAAAUAAAUGUUAGUAAUUAGAGAAUUUAAAAUAGGAAUAAUAUACAUGAAAUAACGGUAAUUCAAAGAUAAAUAAAGCAUGAUGAUAAGAAAGGUGGACGAUAGGAAUUCUUAAAUAACGAUAUUACAAUAAAUUAUUACAAUAAAAAGAAAAAAUAAUAAAAUCUCUAAUUCUGAGAAUUUCUAUCGUUUUAUUCCUUGUUUUGUGUUUUCUUAUUGUUGAUCGUUUUCGAGUAAAACUUCUAUUAGUAUAUCUCACGAGAAGAUAGGCAAAUCAUUGUUUAAUAAAGAGAUUUUAAAUUUU